GACGCAGCAGAGUGGCCGAGCGAGGGGCGACACGAGAGAGAGGAGGAGCCGGAGAGUCCUGUCCGAGCCCAGCGAGCCGGCCAGCAGCAGCGAUGAAUGCCCACACACCUACACUACCCACCACAGGUGGACCCCCAAGCCAUGGCACCCCAGCCCAGGGAGGAGGCACCGAUUCCAGCCGCACAGACUCAGUCCACCCCCCGCAUUUGCUGACCGCAAGGCUCCGCUCUGGGAAUCCCCCAGCCUGGACAGCCUGGGCAGCGUCCUCUCCCAGAGUCCAGCUGGCCGAGACUGCAGCACGGACGCCUCCAGCACACACACUCCAGGGCACGAGGCCUCACACACACACCACACCACACACACGCCGGGGCACGAGGACUCACACACUCACCACAGCACACACACUCCAGGGCACGAGGCCUCACACACACACCACAGCACACACACGCCGGGGCACGAGGACUCACACACACACCACAGCACUCAGGUCCAGCUGGGCUCCUGCUCCUCCUGCUUCCCGUCUGAGGGCAGUCCCAGCACGUCCCACUCCAACACGCCGGACUCUGCUCAGAGCUACAGCCUGUCGGAGCGCAGCUCUGACUCACUCACGCCGGACCGUGACUCACCGCCGCGCUGUUUGUGUCCAGGGUUCCCCGGCAACGCAUUUUCCGCUUCCUCCACCUGGAGCUUAGAUCAGAGGAGCGUCACGACCGUGUCAUCGUCGCGCUCGAACGGUCCCUCGGAUUCUAGACUCUUCCGUGCCAAGCUGGACGGACGCCUCAGCCGCGUGCGUGUCGGGGGCACUGUCCCGUACACCAACAGCAGCACGGGCACUUGGACGGCGUCCACCUCCUGUUGCACGCUGACCAGAAGCUCUGAGGCUGUGGGCAGCAUCUCGGCCCUGUCCUGUCUGUGCGGACGGAGGCAGAGGACGGGCAGGAUGAAGGACUACGGCGCGGAGACGUCGUCGUCUUUAUCUCUCUACAGCAGCACGGACGCCACCUGCACGUCCACCUCUUCUGCCCACACCUGCACGUCCACCUCUUCUGCCUACACGGUGACGCGGAGCUUUGACUCGCUGUGUGCCGAGGACAUGGACUCCUACGCUGUAGUGGGGGCAGACUCUUCUGAACACUGCUCUGACUCUCACUCUCACACAAACUCCAGCAGCACUCUCAAACCGAGGAGAGGAUUUGACUCCUCAGCAGUGAAGGGCAGUUGUGACUCCCUCUGCACGAACAACGACUCGGACUCCUCGUAUGUGUGUAUGGACAGGAGAAGGGGCCCGUGCUUGGGCGUUGAGACUAAGUCGGACUCGCGGUGCAGUAGCAGCGAGACGGUCUUCCGCUCCGACUCGUCCUGCAACACGGUGCGGCGGAGCUUCGACUCGCUGUGCGUGACCGAUGACUCGGAGGCCGUGUACGUGUGCAUGGACGGACGAGGAGGCUCCGACGCGUCCUACAGCAGCGCAGACACGGCCAGGGACUCGGACUCGUCGCUGUACAGCGUGGAGAGAAGUCUGGACUCGCCCUAUCUGAGCGAGAGGGCUGUGGCUCUCUGUACGUGUCCUCUGGAGACGGAGGCCUCUCAGGCUAGCACAGAGAGAAGCGUUGACUCUCUCUAUCUGAGUGAUAACACUACUGCCCUGUGUACCUGUCCUACUGAGAUGAAGUCCUCUCAGGCUAGCACGGAGAGGAGCUCUGACUCUCUCUAUCUCAGUGAGAAGACUACCGCUCUCUGUACCUAUCCUGUUAAGACUGAGCCCUGUCCGACUAGCACGGAGAGAAGCACUGACUCUCUCUAUCUGAGUCACAACACCACCGCUCUGUGCACCUGUCCCGUUGAGCUGGAGGCCUCCCAGAGUAGUGUGGAAGUGUACCCUAACCUCUACUGCAGCGAGACGGACAACGGGGCGACCUCUGUGGUGACCUCUGCGGUGACCUCUGACCCCUCCGUGUGUGACUCGUCGUACGGGGUCGACUCCGACUCGCUCAGCACCUCGGCCGUGGCGGAGUGGGGCUCGGUGGUCUCCCUUGACAACAGCGAGAGGAGCGUUUCGGAAUCCACUCCCGGUCACCGCGGCAACUCGUCAGACUCUCUGUACCAGGCGGCGGCGGACACGCCCGCGUCGUCGCCCGGUAACGGCGCGGAGAGGGACGCCGCGGACGCUCUGGCUCGGACGCUGGAGGCGGGGAUGCAGCUGGACUCGCCGGCACACCUGGCCAGCCACCUGGAGCGCGUUCUGAAGGACCUCCGCGGCGCGGUCACCCAGGCGGACCGGCGCCUGGUGUCGCCCUUCUUCAGGGAGCUGGUGAGGGAGACGGGCGACGACCGGGACCAGAAGACCAGCACCAACGAGGGCUUCCUGUUCCACCCACAGAAGCUCCUGCAGCCCAGACACCUGGCGUAUCGUGAGGGUCAGCAGUACUCGCUGCUGCAGCACAUUCAGAACGGAUCUUACGGGGACGUCUUCAGCGCUGUGGACCUCACCACAGGAUUCAAGUGCGCGGCCAAAAAGGUGCCGCUGUGUAGUUUCAGCUGGGAGGAGGUGGGCACGUGGAGUGGCCUGAGCUCUCCUCGCGUCCUCCAGCUGUUUGGAGCCGUGAGGGAAGGACCCAACAUCGUCCUGUUCAUGGACCUCAAGACCGGCUCGCUGGCUCAGCUGCUGAGGUGUCGGGGGCGGCUCCCUGAGGACCUGAGUCUGCAUUACCACGUCCAGGUGCUGGAGGCCCUGGAGCACCUGCACAGGAGACGUGUGCUGCACCUGGACGUCAAAGUGGACAAUGUGCUGCUGUCUGAGGAUGGGAGAGACUGCUUCCUGUGCGACUUCGGACUCUCAGAGAUGCUGGACACCAACGGACAGGCACCUAGAGCAUUCCGGGGCUACGGGCUGCGGGGGACGGAGACCCACAUGGCUCCGGAGGUGGCGAGGGGGGACGUGCGCGGGGCCAAGGCCGACGUGUGGAGCAGCUGCUGCAUGCUACUGCACAUGCUCAAUGGCUGCCACCCCUGGACCCGCUACUACGCUCACCCACUCUGCCUCACGAUCGUGAGUGAGGAGGCGCCGCUGAGGGAGGUGCCCAGCUCCUGCCGCCCGCUCACGGUGCAGGUGUUCAGGGCCGGCCUGGUGAAGGACCCCGGGGAGAGGGCCUCCGCCAUGGAGCUCAAGGAGAGGAGCAGGGACGCCCUCAGGGCAGUGGGUGGAGUAUCCAGCACCAUAACUCACCCACCAACUCACCCACCUGUGGAACCCUCUGCUGAGACAAAAAGCACUCCAGCCCCAGAACGUCCGUCUGGAACCCCCCAGGAAGCCCCUCCUCCACCACCGCGAGGCUAUGACAUCGCUUCCUGUUGCGGCGACAGCCCCCAGCCCCUGGUGCACUGGCUCAGCACCUGGAGAGAGAGAGCCCAGGAGGAGGAGGGGAGUGAGAGCGAGGGCGGAGAGAGGCACUCCGAGGAGGAGGAGGAGGAGUGGAGUGAGGCGGAGGGGAGGAGAGAGAAGUGGGAGGAAGAGGAGAGCGAGGAGGAGGAAGAUGGGAGCGACCUGGAGAGCCUGCGGGGGAAGGCCAGCGACUGGAUGGAGGAGGAGGAGGAGUGGGAGCCCUUCCACCGCCUGCAGAUACUCUACGGGCCCAAACAUCACACACACUCACACACACACUCACACGCGCACUCACACUCGCACACGGACCAGACCGAGUCAGAGGAGGAAGCACCCAUGAAAGGACCCAGUUUGAACAGUGUGUCUCUGCCACGGCCUCCUCGAUCACAGAACCGUGCCUUAAUCCCACGCAACACAUCAGAACACCAGUAUGACUCUUCAGAAAAGGAGUCUGAUGAUUGGUCAGAUGACCUCAGCUCAGGGGUGUUCUCAUCCUAUAACAGCCAGACUGACAGAGAGAGCUUCAGUGUUGAUUGGCUGGUUUCCACCAAUCAGCCGCCCUCCUGUUGCAUUGAAGGUUUAGGGGUGGACAUCUGGAUCGAGGACUUCAGUGGAGAGCGCUUCAGGAUCCGAGAGAAACCACAGGUGAAGGUGGGCCACGUUGCCAUGGGGAUCAGUGACCAGAUCUCGUUGCGGAUGUUCAGCCUGGCCACCCUGGACGGGAAGCUGGUGCAGCCCGAGGAGGAGGUGCAGGAGUCGGGCACGUGGCUCCAGUGUGUCCCCGCCCUGGAUGACUGCCCCGCCUGGACCUGGAGGAUCAGGGACGGACAACUAGAGGAGAGGCGAUGAAGAGGGGAGGAGAGGAGAGGAGAGGAGAGGAGAGGAGAGGAGAGGAGAGGAGAGGUGACGAAGAAGAGAGGAGAGGGGGGGUGAUGGAGGAGAGUUGAAGAGAAGAGAGAUCUCCCUCCCUCUGUCAACCCAUGAAAUGGAAAAUCGAAAUUGGAAAUCGAUCAAUCAAUCAAUCAAUCAAUCAAUCAGUGUGUCUGUCUCACUGUCGAUCAAUAUAUGUUUUACCGGCUGUCCUACUGGCUGUCUAUAUAUCUAUCUAUCUAUCUUUCACAACAUUGAUUAUGCUGGAUUAUUAUUCAAUCCUGUAUUAGUGUAUGGGGAUUUUAGGACAUUGUGUUUGUUUGUGACAUUGUAUGUGUAUUGC